AUGGAAUCUACAACAUCAGUGUCAAAGGGUGUGUUUUUAUUCCCAAAUGGUUACAAUAAUGGAAAGAAGUCCAAGAAAAAGUCGUCAAUAUUUGAAUCAACGUUUUCUAAUGAACAGUGGUAUAGGACAUUUAAAAUGAAUUGGGAUGAAGUCGAAGACCAGCUAAGGAUACUCCAUGAAAUGACCCACAGUGUGCUCUUAAAUGAUAUAGUAAGUUACUUAAAAAUCUCACAACAGGGCUGUGAAUUAAACAGUUGUGAUAAAAUAAUACCAUGUAUCACAUUAUUAACUGGCGUCAACCAACCUGAUCAUGUUGAUCAGUUCAAAUCUCUUAUAGGACUUAUAAGGGAAGAUGUGAGUCCCCAUGUCGCUAUGGUGAAUUCACAAGAUGCACCAACAUUGAAACACUUAGUAGAAAAUACAGUUUGGCAGCUUAUUAAUGAUGACAAUUUAGUGGGUGACUUAGAAGACAGCUUUGAUGAAUCAAGUAAGCCUAAAUUAAAAAAAAAGUCGUUGUACCAUGAAGACUUUACAGAGUUGGAUUUUGUUAUGAUAAUAAGUUCUUAUAUUUCAACUUUGCCGAUAGUACUUAUUUUUGGUGUGGCGACAUCUGUCUCUGCGUUGCAUAAAUCUUUUCCUUACCAAGUUUCAUCAAAGCUUCUUAUAAAAGUAUUUCAUUCACAGCCCUCUCAUGUAUAUAUGAAUCAAGUUUUGGAAAAUAUAUUCUUAACACAUUCAAGUCCAUUUCACUUAUCGGGAAAAGCGUUUGAGCUGUUGACGGAUGUUUUUCUCUUCUACGAUUUUUCUGUUACUGGAAUUAUUCAAAGUAUUAAGUACUGUAUGAUGGACUUCUUCUAUGCUGAUAAUAUUAAAUCGUUAUGCGGUGAUCGGGAGAAAUUGAACGCUAAGAUCUCAAAAUUAACAUCAGAUGAUCUGGAAAAUAUAAGACGUCUUCUAUCCUUCAGACCAUUUCUAGAAGUACAGGAUUGUCAAACGAAGAUCGGUCUUUUUGAAGACGAUAAUUUCUUCAAAGAGGUCCUACAGGAGGAGCUGCACAAAUUGCAUGAUUAUCUGUUUAGUUUUUAUCUGUCUUUAAGAUUGUUAGCUGUGUUUGUUAAGGAUUUGCCGAAAAACGUCAUGGGGAAGUCGGUCAGAGAAAUAUACGCAAAAUGUGCAACAGAGCACAUAGUUAAAACAGAAGCUUUCAAAGAAAGCAUGCAAUUGAUAAACUUUCAGUCCAAAGUUCAAUUGCUUGAGACAAUUAAAAGUGCAAUUAAAGUCGUGAAUAACGCCCUACAAAGCACUUCCCCCGGACCAUUACGAUCUCCAACGAAAAAUAUGUUGAACAAAUCAAUUAAUAGCUUGGGAGAGGAGUUUGUUAAGAACAUUAAAAUACAUUUUGUGAUAUUUUGGCGGCAAAUCGAAAAUGCUAGUACUGAGGUGACGGUUCUGGAGGAGGACGAUGACGAUUUCGAUUUGAGAGGAAGCCGACACAAAUUGAAAGAGAAACUCCUAAAAGCAACGAGGGUCGAUAGAAUCCAAUCAGAAUUUAUGAUGAUCAGAUCCCGUUUCGUGAAUUAUUUGGAGGAGAUAUUUGAGAAGUCCUUACUUCCGCCUCACACCCAGACAUUUCACGAGAUCCUGUUCUUCACUGAGGUGUCGAAUGUCAAGAAGCAGAUCGUUGGAGCUCCGAGAGGCGCCUUGCACGUUGCGCUUAGCAAUCCACAGUGUUAUUUACAGUGUAAAUGCUGCACCCUGCCGUCUCUGGAGAGCGUAUCAGAUACAAUCCCGGAUGUGAGUCUGGCUUAUAAGCUUCACCGGGAAUGCGGGAAGCACAUCAACCUAUACGACUGGCUCCAGGCUUUCGCCGCCAUCCUUUGCCCUGACAGCGAAGAUCCCGCACACGACCCCAAUAUUCAGUAA